ACGGAGCUCAUUGGCCGAGCGGCCAGGAGGGUGGGCCCCACGGCCGCACACUUCCGGCCGGUGUCCGGCUCGGCGCGCACCGCCCCUUCCGCCCCCGCCCCCGCGAGCCCGGCCCUAGCCCCAACCCCAGCUUCGGCCCUGGCUGUCUCGGCAUCGCUUUGGAGCGCGGCGGCAGCUGACUGCGCGUUCACCACCUGCUGGGACCCGCGACCCCGCCGCCGUUAUGAACAUCCGCAAUGCGAGGCCAGAGGACCUGAUGAACAUGCAGCACUGCAAUCUCCUCUGCCUGCCCGAGAACUACCAGAUGAAAUACUACUUCUAUCACGGCCUCUCCUGGCCCCAGCUCUCCUACAUUGCUGAGGAUGAGAAUGGGAAGAUUGUGGGGUAUGUCCUGGCCAAAAUGGAAGAGGACCCAGAUGACGUGCCCCACGGACAUAUCACCUCGCUGGCUGUGAAGCGUUCCCACCGGCGCCUUGGCCUGGCUCAGAAGCUGAUGGACCAGGCCUCUCGAGCUAUGAUAGAGAACUUCAAUGCCAAAUAUGUCUCCCUGCAUGUCAGGAAGAGUAACCGGGCUGCCCUGCAUCUCUAUUCCAACACCCUCAACUUUCAGAUCAGCGAAGUGGAGCCCAAAUACUAUGCAGAUGGGGAAGACGCAUACGCCAUGAAGCGAGAUCUCACUCAGAUGGCUGACGAGCUGUCAAGUGGGAGGGGGCCUGGGCUGUGCCUGAGGAGGCUGACCACCCAAGAUUCUGUUGUCUGAAGAAGCCCAUAGGUAAGAUAUGAGAGGCAGAGGGGAUUUUCUAGAGAAGUGGGAUGGCCAUGGCCUGUCUACUCAGGAAAGACAAAACAGGGUGCAGAGCAAGUCAGGGUUCUGCCCAAGGCUUCUGGGGAGGCAGAGCUGUUCAAGGGACAUAGCUUUCUCAUGGGCUUCAUAGCAGCCCCUGGAGGGAGGUAUGAUCACUGUCAUUUUAAAGGCAUGAUAAGGGGGGAGAGAGAGAGAGAGAGCGCAAGCGCGCAGAGCUAAGACUCAGGCCAGGGCUUUCUACUCCGUCCUCAGUUUCCUGCCCUGGUUCUGCUGUCUUUCAUUAUGCCCCUCCCCCCAGCAAGUGAGCCAGGCUCCCCUUGCCACCCCCCGAAAUGUCUGGAAACUUAGAUUCCCAUCUCUGCUCCUGCUUCUUCCUGGUCUCCUG